CUCUUGGGUAAAGUACACUUGCUGUUCAAUCUGCGACUAAAUCCACCGGCAGACACAGCAAGCUAAAGGGAGAUCAAUCAUUUAAGUAGACCUUGUAAUUUACUGAAAUAGCUUCAGAGUUCGGUCAAAAGACAUUUCUGUUUGAACUUCAGUGUAUUUUUUAAGAGGAAUAUCUGCAUGUCAUGGAGGAAACUAUCAACAGCACCAUUGAUCCAGCUUGUUUACAAAAGCCUCCGCUGGCCAUGGACGUGAUAAAGCAGCUAGAUGCGUUUGGAUUGUGCCUGUACUCCAUACUCACCUUCAUGUCCUGCGUCUCCCUGCUGCUGUACUUGGAGCAGUGCGCCUAUAUUUAUAAAAAACUGCCCUACCCCAAGAAGACGACCCUCAUGUGGAUAAGUGGUGCAGCACCAGUCAUUGGCACCAUGUCUUGUUUUGGGAUGUGGAUCCCGAGGGCCGUCAUGUUCACUGACAUGACGUCUAACUGUUAUUUUGCAGUGGUGGUGUAUAAGGUCUUGGUUCUGAUUAUCGAGGAGUUUGGGGGUACCGAUGCUUUCCUGAAGCGGUUUUCCGGUAAACCCUUCAAAAUCCGCACAGGACCGUGCUGCUGCUGCUGCCUCUGUUUACCCCGCGUGCCCAUGUCACGGCGAUUGUUUUUCUACCUGAAGUUGGGUGUUCUUCAGUAUGCAAUCCUAAAGACGGUGCUCUCUCUCCUCUCCAUUGUGUUGUGGACAAACGGCAACUUUGAUCUCGCUGAUCUAGAGAUCACUGGUACAGCCAUUUGGAUUAACCCAUUUAUUGGCGUUCUCACGAUCAUCUCCCUUUGGCCUGUUGCCAUCAUCUUUAUGAACACCAACAGCUUUCUACGCGACAUCAAAAUUGUACCCAAGUAUGCCCUCUACCAGCUAAUACUUGUCCUGAGUCAGCUGCAGACAUCAAUCAUUAACAUCCUGGCUCUGGAUGGGACCAUCGCCUGUGCCCCUCCCUUCUCUUCUCAGGCUCGUGGCUCCAUGCUAAGUCAGCAGAUGAUGAUCAUGGAGAUGUUCAUCAUCACUCUGGUUAAUUGGCCUUUGUACCGUCGAACAUAUGACGAACUUCCCUCUGAGGCUCAUGACAAUGAUAAGAACGGUGAAGUCGCUCUGCAGACUACUCUCGUGGAGCAUGACGUCUAAAAAAGAAGACAGUGAUGAAAGAGUGAAAGUCAACACUGCUCUUUAGUUAUGCAUCAUAUCAUCUAAGAGAUCAUCAAAUAGCCAUGUUACUUCAUUCUGCAAGGGGAGAGAACAUCACAACUCUGGUGACUUUCAACCCUUUUCUAUUUUUCACACACUAUACUCACUGACUUUUGUCAAUAUCUGUAUCCUGUAGAAGACACAACUUAAAGGUUCACCCAGAGUCUUUUAGCCUCAGAAAUAUCCCCCUAACGAUUGUCCACAGUGAGGUGCGUGUUUGAAUGUUUUGAGCGUCAAAAAUGUAAUUGUAUUCACUUUCAUUGGACUGACUGCGCAGAGAGUCAAUCUCAUCAAGUCGCCGCAGGAAAGCAAAUAUGCAUAUUUCCCAUUAUGACAAACGAUCCCUUUAAGCUUUAAUAAUUCUUUUGGAACUGGUAGAGACAUUUCAGCCUGUAACUAGGAUGGAGGAGAGGAACACAGACUUACGACUAAAUGCAGAAUUCACAGGGUGUAACCGCAUGCUGUACAGUUUAUAUGUGCAUGUCAUGCUUGUGUGCGGAAGAACAACAUUUUUUUUGAGUGGAUGUUGAAGUUGAAUUGACAUCUGAUGUAUUAUUUUGUACUAAAGUGGGCAGUAAAUACUGAGGCAUUAUUCAGUUGUUAUGUCUGUAUGUGUGUACUCAUUACAGUGUCCAGGCUGCAUGUAUUAAACUGAGGUUUCAAGCACCAAUAAAUAAAUAUAUUUCUUGUUCACUGCAGCAUGCAGAGGGAAGUAUUUGUAUUGGUCACUGUAAAAAAAGACUAUUACUAAAAUUGAUUGAGGAAACCUAAUCCUUGGUCUUUGUUCUCUACGAAUCCAGCCUACUGUGUGUUAACACAGUGUGGAAAACAACCAGAUUUGUUCAAAGACUGCUGACCCACUUACUCAGACUUAUUUGGGACAGGAAAUACAUGAGACAGCAGCUUUAUUUUCAGACUCAGUGUUCAUUUUACAGCCAUCUACAGCCAAACUGUACCACGUGUUGUUUCUUUAGCAACCACAAGAGGCCGUGCUUGUUCCACCCCAAACCAGUAACACGACUUAACUCACAUGAUUGAUUUUGAUUGAUUAUUUGUUUUCAGUUCAACA